GUCAACAGCUAAGCUACAUUAGUCCUUUCAGAAGAAAAAAACACAGAAUGGACCAGAAAGGCAACCUGUUGGACAGCGGACCGCAGCCAAAAAUUAAUCGUUCCCCACCAGACCCGAAGCACGAAGAUCGGGAAGAAGCCAGUGCACUUCUCCACGGCGAGGGGGACCUCCAGGACACCCGCUGUGGUUUUGGGCCGUUCAAGCCCAACUGGCUCCAGGCCUUUGCCCGGACAGAGGUAUACCUAAUAGUAUACUGCAUAGCGGGUAUAGUGCACGGUAUGUUCUUUACAUAUACUGUCUCUGUCAUCUCCACUAUUGAGAAGAGGUUCAAACUUACAAGCAAACAGACAGGAGCGAUUCUCACCGGCAACGACAUCUCGCAAGUGAUGCUGUCGCUGUUCCUGAGUUACUAUGGCAACUACGGGCAUCGUCCUCGCUGGAUGGCCGUCGGAGUCAUGUGCGCCGCGGCCUCGGGCUUCGGGGCGGCGCUCCCCCACUUCCUGUACGGCCCGGGGGAGGACGCGCUGGCGCUCUCGAGGCCGGGGGUCUCAUCCUCCUCCUCGUCCUUGGGCCUCGAGGGGGACAACGAUAACGAGACGCAUGCGCAAGAGCUGUGUUUCUCGCACCCGGAGGAGAACUGCGGCCCUGACGGAGGCGGCGGAGGAGCCUAUAUGGGCGCCAUCAUUCUCUUCUUCUGCUCUCAGUUCUUCGUCGGUAUCGCCGUCAGCAUUUUUUAUAGCAUUGGCGUCACCUACUUAGACGACAACAUCAACAAAAAGACAUAUCCUAUAUACUGUUCCGCCUCGUUCAUGCUGCGCAUCCUGGGCCCCGUGCUGGGCUUCUUCGUCGGAGGAAAGUGCCUGUCCACGUGGAUCGACCCGAAGGAGGUUCCUGCGCUCACCACGAAGGACCCGCGCUGGCUCGGCGCCUGGUGGAUCGGCUACCUGUUCAUCGGCUCCGGCCUGAUCUUCUCGGGGAGUCUGCUGUUCCUGUUCCCGCGGAAGAUGCCGGCGACGCUGCGGCGCGAGGCGAAGCGGGUCCUGCGGCAGGCGGAGAAGGACCGCAGGGAGGGCGGCGACCGCGGCCUGCGCUACUUCGCCUCCCUCGCCAAGCAGUCCAAGGAAGCCCAGGAGAGGCCGACGCUCCCCAACCUCAAGAAGGCCUUAAAGCGACUCUUCACGAACAAGAUUUGGGUCGGCAACCUCUUCAAUACAACGGUGUUCGUGCUUGCGUCAUCUGGCUACUGGAGUUUUAAGCCCAAAUAUCUUGAAAACCAAUUUCGUAAAAGCUCUACCGAAGCCAACUACUAUACAGGUAUUACGAGUCUGGUGUCCCUUGUCGUGGGAACAAGCAUAGGCGGAACGGUGUUAAGAUGGGCCCAGCCUGGACCGAGAUUCGUGACAGGAUACAACAUUUUCAUAACAAUUCUGUUCGUUUGCUGUUACGUCACACUCAUGUUCAUCGGUUGCCCCAAAUUGCAGAUCGUGGGGCCUGUUGAAGGCUCGCCGAUCCCCGCCUGCUCCUCGACCUGCGGCUGCUCGGCGAAGUACUCUCCCGUGUGCUCUGAGGACCAGACCACGCUGUUCUAUUCUCCUUGCUACGCUGGCUGCACUGCCCUCAACGCCUCGACGAGUCCCAUUAUCUACACUAAUUGUCGAUGUGUCACCAAUUCCACAAUGCAGGACGAUUAUGCUACAAAGAACAGCACUGAUUUCGGAACAGUGACGAGCGGCUAUUGUCCUGAGCCAUGCAACAAUUUUCUUUACUACAUCAUUCUCCAGUGCAUCGUGAAAACUAUCGCCUCCACCGGAAGAGUUGGCUCCAGCCUCAUCAAUCUCAGGCUGGCUUUCCCUUCGUCUUUGAGAUCCCAAUCAAGCAGCAUAUUUUCCCCUCGCAUGGGAAAGCCCUCAUAUCCUGCACUGAAAACGCUUUACGACGCGGACGUGAUGGAGAAGUCUGUCUCGGACGAAGACAAGGGCCUGGCUCUCGGUCUCCUCACCGUCUUCACCAGCCUCUUCGGAUUCAGUCCCGGACCUGUUAUAAUGGGCGCUAUCAUUGACUCCGCGUGCCUGGUGUGGGACACGUCGUGCGGGAAGACCGGCAACUGCUGGCUCUACGACUCCGACAAGUUCAGGACCAUCUUACACCUUGUGCCUGCGGUUCUCGUGCUUGUGUCCGUGCUUGGAGAUAUCGUCGUCUUCCACUACAGUCGCCGGAUGGACUUGUACGGCGACAGGGAAGACCAAACGCAGGUGGACAGAGCUCGGCGCGUGGGUGGAGAGAGCGCUGUGGUCUGUAAGAAUCUUGGUCCAGCUGUCGACACUUAAGAGCUGGAGAGACCGGCGGUGUUUAUCAAGAAUUUUUCUUUCUUUCUUUUUA